AUGGAUUCCUCCCGUCCACAUAGUUCGGACCUGGCUAGUGAGGUUCCCUGCAUUCCUACCCACUCGGCCACCACUCCGACGGCCCUCCGCUGCUGUUGUGGCCGUGAUGAUUGCGCAUUCCUUCACCACAAUAAUGUCGCCUUGGAGGGGCUGGAAAAGGACCUUGCGACUGCUGCUAGAUUAGGUCAGGCUUUACUUCAUCGCCAUGAAUCCUACAUGGCCGAGGCCGAGGAGGACCGUCAUCGGUUACUCGCCAACAUCGAAAAUCUCGAACGCGAAAAGCGGCUGGCCCAGGCUGAGAACGCGCGCAUUAUCGAGGAGAACCGUGGUCUACUGGAACAGCUGGACGGUUUAAACCAGGCUGUCGCGGAUUCGGAUUCCCAUGCUAAAUCGCUGGCCGUCAGCUUGGAGAACGCCGAGGCCGAGCUUCGCAAAUUAACAGCGUCGGCUGCGCGUGCGGCCGACCUCGAAGCGCAGCUGGCUCACAUGGAGGCAGAACAGGUUAAACUGCAAGAAAGCCUGCUGUCUGCCCAGGAAGACUCCAAGUCGGCGGUGCAACGCUGGAAGAACGCCGAGUGUACCCUGCGGGACCUGCAUGAUCAGGUCGAUCGGAUCGAAAAGGAAGCCCGCGAAGAACGCGAGCGUCAUUCGGAUUUGGUCCAGCGCAUGGAGCGGAGACGGGCCGUGGAACGAGAACUUGACGGCGCCGCCGGACGGCUAAAGGGAGCCGCGGCGGCGCAAGAGUUGGGGCGUGAACACGGCGGAACUGUGGUGUCGCGCUUCGUUCGGGAUAUAUUACAGGACAAUGCCAACCUGCAAAUGGGGAUCGUGGAGUUACGGGAAAUGCUCGAGAGUUCAAACCAGGAGGUGCAAAGUCUGCGGGAUCAGAUUCUGUCACACCAGCCGCUGGCAUCGACAACCGAGGGCGAGGUUGGGCAGGGACCCCCACAGCUUGCAACGACUCUGAGUCAGGAACUCGAGUCGAAAGAACCGCGCCGAGUGUCGCAGGAGUUUCACAUCCACCAUCAUUACCAUACGCCACCGGUGUCAGCCAGUUCGAAGAAAGACAAGGCCACGCUCUUCCGUCGCUCGAAGAAGAGACGCUCUCUGGGCAGUCCUUCGGUCUUGCAUUCGGCUUCUGGCACGCAGCUGGCCCGCAAGUCCACGCAUCGAUCUCAGUCUUCCACGUCCUCCACAUCUACUAUCUUAUCUCAAACUUCAGUCUCUAUUCCUCCCGGGUCCUCACAUCGGUGGUCAUUGCAAUCGCCCACGGCCGAUUCGCUGGCGAGUUCGCCGCAGUCGGCGUAUCGAACAUCGUCUAUCUUCGACCGGGUGGACCGCGGCUUCUCGUCCCAAGCCACAAGUCCCGACAGUACUAUCCUCCUAUCUCCUCUCCGAAAUUACGGCGGCAAGAACGGUCCGUUCGAUGCGGGGUCUCGCCCGCUGGAUGAACCAGAUGGGCUCGACGGUCGUGGCGAUGAUCACCUGGAGGACGACCUUUUCAACGAGUACAGCCUAGAUCUCGGCGACAGGGCGCCGCUUGAACCUAUCAUCCCAGAGGAACGGGAAGACUCUUCGUCGUCGGUGCAUUAUGCGGGAUCUGAACGGGCUGGUUCGCCAGCCAUCCCAGACGAAGCCUUCUCCACACCUUAUCGAUCCCAUCGCCGGGCCGCGUCUCACGAAAGUCUCUUCUCGGUGGCAGGAAUGGACAUUCACACCCCUAGUCGCCGCCCGUCACGCCUGAGCGAGCUGCCCUCCGCCACAUUACCUGUGCACAUGACACGCCGAAUCAUGUCGUAUGGGACCGACCGCUUCUCCACCACUCCGGUGACCGCAACCACCACCGUCACUGCCGGUCGCGAGCCCUCCAGGAGCUCAGAGCAGUCUCCCCAGACGUUACUGGCUUCUGUUGCUGCCAGCGGAAACCCAGUUCCGGAAGCCCGACCUGCGUCCAUGGACGUUGUUCGUCCCCAGUCCACCGCCCCUAUACCUGCUCGGAAAAUAUCACUCAGUCGCCGUGUGGGCGGUUGGGUCCGGGGGCGCUGGGGCACCGCCGCCGUGGCGACUGACGGAUCCUUAGAGCCCCAUGCAGAAGAGGAAACAACGUCUUGCGCUUCGUCCAUGCGCUCGGGGUCCUCCAAUCCGUCUAUCAGCAGUAAAACAUCGAACCUCAAAGCCGAGUCGGUUCCGAGUUUGCGGUUCCGGUAUCCAGGGGUCAACCAAAAGGGCCCGAUCAUGGGAUUCCGACCUUCUCCGCGAGCGCCAUCUGCUAUACACGCCCAACAGAUUGACGAAAAUCUGUUGAGGGAGAGUCUAGCCGAAUGA